UCAGACGGAGACCUCUGGGUUUGUCUGUGUGCAUGCUGUAGAGAGCGUGUGUGUCCAGAUGCCACCUUUCACCACAGAUGGGCCCCGACACCCACAUCACCGUGUGACAGUGACUCGGCUGCUCCUGAGUUAUGGCUCCACAGUAGUGGACUCACUGUGAGGAAAACAAACCGAGUGUCAGACACACAGAACGAAUCUGAGCAGGAGCAAACAACAUUUACACACAUUUCUUUUGAAAUCGCAGCCGAACUGGAGGUCAGAGCAGCCGAAUCUCACAGCCUGGAACGUGGCGCUCUCACCAAGUGACGACACGCUGCAGCCGCUCGCUUUGUGUUUCUGGAGAAUUUUAUCCUGGACCAUUUGGACUUGUCUGUGUUUGAGGACAAAACCGAGUGACUUGUCCUGGGACCUGGAUGUUUCUCCUGUUUUUUUCUCACAUAGCAGUGAUUCAUUGUUUUCACUAUAACUGACUGCAAAGGAUCAUGGGAGACCUGACGGCCCAUGAGAACCUGGUUCCCCACUGGAGACACCGACAUGAUUCAUUAUGUUUCAACAGUUUUACUGGUCUAGAUUUUAAUCAGAUGGAUUAACACCAGUUUAGAUCUUAGACUCAUUAAGAUGAUCUCAGUUAUAAUUAUUUCAGUUCCACACAUUUCACGUUAUCAAACUAACAAACAUUUUUUGAGGCUCUAAAUUUUGCUUUUUUGGACAAAUUUAUUUCAGCACAAACCUUUUCUGAAUUUGAGCUGUGCAGAUUUUUGCUUCAGCUGGAUCCUUUAUAGCAGAAACUGUUCAGACGAGCCAGGACACUCUGUGGCAGAGAAGGAUCUGGUGCAGAUCACAGCCACCAUCACAAUGCUCCCUGGAGAACUGGCGUCAGGUGGAGGGGGUCGCAGGCGCAGGGUGCGCCUGCUCUGGUGGCUGGGCCUCAGGCGGUGGUCUCGUCGAGGGACCCUGGUCUUCGCUCUGCUCUGGUUUGGCUCCUGGUUGUUCCUGAACGGCCUGGUUCUGGUCCACAGGACCAUCAUGUCGGACUACUGCACCGACGACAGGAGCAAGAGGAUCCUGCGCAGACUGUGCCUGGAGUUCGGUGAGGGCUCAGUGACGGGGGACAUGUGCGAGGACCUGUGUGUGCUGGGUCUGGUUGAGUACAAGCGCUGUCUCUACUACGAGAACGGGAAGAAGGUGAUCGAGGCACGCUGGAGAGGAGAGCCCAUCAUCCUCAAGUCCAAACUGGAGAACUUCUCCUCCUAUGAGCCACUGGGAAUACUGGACUAUCAGGACACAGCAGAGGAGCUCUCCCCUCUGGAUGUGGUGUUUUAUGCCACUCUGGAAGUACGAAACUCCUUAGGGUUGGCUGAUGAAGACGAAGAUGAAGGCGGAGGAAGCAACAGCUCUCUGGCCAGAAUCUGGGGGAAGAAACUGAAGAACAGAGAGAGGAGUUACUCUCGAGCGGAGCUGUUGUCGCUUUGGUCUCUUCUGCAGCAGGAGGAGUACACCUUUCUCAGAGUCCUGCAGGACCUCAGCACCCACGUGGCCAAGGUGCUGGGCUCCUGCGGUCACUUCUACGCAGUGGAGUACCUGUCUGCUGGACGCGCCUGGGACCAAAACAUCUUCUCACUGGAUGAGGUGGCCGUCUCUGGGAUGCGGGGCCAGGACCGAGCCGGACCCCGUGGGAGGUGGGCUGCAAGGGAGAUGGUCCAUCGCAUCGCGCUGAGCUUCCUGGACAUGGUGUGGCACUUCGACAACGACUUCACCCACAGACUGCACCUGUGCGACAUCAAACCGGAGAACUUUGCCAUCAGGAAUGACCUGACGGUGGUGGCCAUUGAUGUGGACAUGGCCUUCUUUGAACCAAAGAUGAGGGACAUCCUGGACCAGAACUGCAGCAACGAUGAUGACUGUAACUUCUUCGACUGUUUGUCCAGGUGUAACCUGAACAAGCUCAGGUGUAACCCCCGCCGCCGAAACAGCAACCUGCAGGUGAUCUGUGAGAAGAUUUUCAGGCCUUGGUUUUCUCCCACGCUGCUGGGGGCCAAGGCAGGUCUCCCUCUGCAGGUGGAGCUGCAGCGAGCGGUGCAGGAGUGCUCAGAAACAGAGGGAGGGCUAGAGGAGGGAGAUGAGGACAGGGGAGGAGGCGGAAGAGGCAGAGGCAUCCAUCAGCGUCUCCUCAACAUCUUGACCAGCCUCCUCCAAGAGGGAGGGUCUUCAGCUGUAGGAGGAGGGGCCUGGGAGGGAAGAGGCCGUGUCCACACUGCGCUGAACUUCUGAAGAGGUGAAGCCGUACACGGGGUGGAGUCCCACGGGCCAUUGGGGCACCGCUUCACCCUUUUACUGGAGGAGGAGCUUUGGUGUUAACGCGAGCUGCUGGUGCAGGACAUUCACCAGAACACCGUGGGAAACAGAGGCAGCCCCUGCUGAAGUAUUCACCCUGAAAUUCACCAAACCUCCUGGACACGACACAGGCACUUGCCUGUACAUCGGUCGAUGGAACGCUGUUUCUCCAGUGACUCAUCUCUGAGGUCCAGAGCCACUGUUUGAACAACCCAGAAUCCAAAAACUACAGGAAUUAGGUUCCUAACAAACAUAGACUGUUCCCGAGUCACAUCCAGUCAAAUAUGAAACCUAAAUAUAUGCAGCAUAUGGCCAAAAAUAUGUGGACACUUAGUCCUUUUGGUCUCUUUCCUGGUUGUCCCCGUCUGUUCUAAUCAGUGCUCCGGUAUAGAAACACAGUUUAGACAAGUGUUCUUCCAGUUUGUCUUUCUCUUUCAUCAUGACAAAGUGGUUUUCUCAUACUGGUCCUGACCUCGCCUACAUCUGUCCCCUUUGGGAUGAACUGGAACACUGAUUCUGAUCCAGAUGUUAUCACCCAACAUCAGCACUGGGCCUCGCUAAUGCUCUUGUGUCAGCUUCAACAUCUAGUGGUAAGACUGAAACCUGGGGGGGGUACAUAAACAGUGUUAGUCCACAGAAACUAGACUUUGUGUCCCAGCAUCCACUGAAAGUUGUCCUGGGAGUGAACAUGUUUCCUGAUUUUCUCUGGAUAGAAAUUUAAAAAUGGAUUUCAUCAAAUGAACAUGGAAACAUGCACAUCAGGACUGAGCGGUGCCUUAACUCUCCUCAGAGGAAACUUUAUGAACCCACGUGGCUCCUCGGUUUGUCCUUCCUUUGCUUAGCUAGUUAGUCUCAGUGAGAUUUUGAAAACACCUCUCCUUUGAAGAGAGACUAGUAAGAAAACUUCUGUGUGGAUCAAACAUAAAUUCUGUAAAACCAUUCUGAUGAUACAAGUGCAUGUUGUGAUUGGGUUUUGAAGGUGGGUGUUGUUGACUGAAGCUGCUAAUUCUUAUUUUCAUUCCAAUAAAACUGCACAAAGCACCUCCCAAGCUUGCGAGGAUAAACACGGCACUCGCUCAUUCUCUGCAUGAUCGCCUUCAAAUAUUCUCAAAGCAGCAGCUGAUAGUUCAGGUGACCAAGCAGUCUCACACGUCAUUAGAGAGUUUAACACAAAGCAGACACUUCCUGUAUCUAAUGAUGGCUGGCACUGAUGUGGAAAAGAGCUUUAGUUCACAGUGCUGCCAGUAAUAAAGAAAGAAAUGGAAGAAGUUUAGAAACUGGACUGAAGAUAGAAGAAGAAGAAGGCAGGACAGAACCCAGCAGGACUUCAGUUCUGUGGUUUCCCAGCAGCGAACAUCUGUACGUCCUCUUUCAGAUGUCGGUUGCUCCAGAGUGAGUUUUAGUGUUUCUGCAGAAAUCAAAGAAGAAAACUGAGGAAGAUGAGGAAUCACCAGGAGGCUGAAGACAGACACAACAUCUGAGACAGACUCCAUCCACCUGGACUGAGAAUCCAAAACAGGCUCCAUUUACACAACAGUGACACAUCUGGAUAUGAGAGCAGGUUUAAAUGUGCAGCUGCGGGGGCCUCAGUGAUGGUGAGAGGGCAGUGGGGGGUGAUGGAAUAUGGAGCGAUGUAAACCACAGGGCCUGAUGUGAUGACCUCUGGUAUCGUGAAUGAUUAGACUGUGAACCUCAGGCAAUAAUAAUUGAUAAUAAUAACACUGUGGGAGGACAAGCUGGCUCCAUCUCACUUUGUUUCCAUCCACCUGUUCAUGUGCACUUUAAAUUUAUGACCAAAAAACACUGAAGGUUUUAAAAGGUUUAUAUUUGGCUGAAGUUGAAAACUGGGAACAGUGAAGCAGUUUAGUGAAUAAAUGAGGACGUAUAAAAAAGUCCUCAGAGAAAUGUAAAGUGAUAAAUGCACCAGGUCACAGCAUGAGCAUGUGGUCACGCUGUGUCAGUCUGGGGGUCACGUGCUGGAGGGGCGGGACUUGUGUGUUAAUCUCUGCAUGACGCCACCAUUUAUCUCCAUCAACUCAUAUCUACAAGGCUGUUUCACUUAGAAGACAAAUAGCUAAAAGUAAAACAAAAAUGAGAGUAAACAAUGCACCUAUUUGGACUUGAUAUGGAUUACUAUUACGGUACUAUUGAUGGUUUGGUAUAUUUAUAGUUAUAAUGUCAGACCUAAUACUCUGACCAUGUUAUUUCUACCCUGGAAUUUCCUAGUUUUACCGUCCCUUCACCUCAGUUCAGCAUGAAAAAAACCAAAGAGUAAGCUCUUACUGAAAAGACUAUAAAACCAAGGAUACCAGCUGUGUCUGUGUAACCAUGACAACGGAGGCCUCAUGUUACAGGUGAAUAUUGUGCAGGAGGUGCUGAUUCGUCCCUGAUGUGCAUUAUUCUGCUCAGAGUGUUUCCUGGACAUUUAGUAAAGAAACCUGAGACAGAGAAACAGACGCAGCAGUGUCAUCACAUCGGUUCGGGUGGAACUCGUCCAGCGGCGCAGGCUGGCGCCGCUCCACUGCUCCUCUCCACACGCCACAAGAAAAAACCCUCCUAAAUUCAAUUUGAAAUCUGGAGACUGGGGAGGCUUAACUGGAACCAGAACACAAAGCUGACUUUUCACCACAUCCUUCUCUCUCUGUGUCUUGUGAAAUGAAACACCACUGACCCUCCAAGACAUUAAUCAUGGUCAUGGUGCAAUUUCCCGAAAAACCCUUAGACCAGAUUCCUGGUUUCUAGCAGCUUUCCAGCAGUUACCCCACACCACAGCUUGGCUGCCAACAAGCUCCUCAGGGCUGCUUCAAACUCUUCGUGCACAAUGACACAAAAGGAGCAGUGUUCUCACUAAAUUCCCUGUCAGCCUGUAAGAGCUCUUUCCAGUUCGAACCUGUAACGCAGGAGUCAACAUGCUCGCUUGUUGCUGCUGAAAUUCUUCAUGUCUGCCAAGAGAAUCUCAUUAGAUUGCAGGUGACUUGAUCCCUCUGCAGGAUGAGAUCAUUAGACAGGCAUGGUGAGCCUGACUUGGUGGCUGCUUCACAAUUUGAUGAAAGAAACGUUCUUUCUAAGUGGAAAUGAAUCAUCUGGUUGUGUUGGUCACUGCUGUGUAAACCUCCCAGAGUGUGUCAGAGGAGGCGAGCGCUGCACAUCUGUCUGCCAAUCUACACUUUGAUAGUCUGUGCUCUACAUUUAAAAACUGGGUGUUUGCUUUAUAUUUACAUUUCUGAGGUUGUCUGGAUUUUGAUUCAGUUUCCCUUUCCUUACAUCCUGUAACUGUAGCCACAGGGGAAACAGCCCGAAGAAAACUGGGGCUUGUUUUCCAGGAUUGGCAAAAAGCUGUCUGCAUCAGAUGUAGUGAAGUCAGAUGUUUCCAGCAGCUGCUGAUGUUCCUUAUCGGCUGGGAGUCAGGCCACAAAACGAAUCACUUCAGUCGCACAGGAGAGAAAACUGAAGUGGACAGACUGACAGCAGGAGGAAAGAGAGAGGAGAGGAGCCCAGCAGCCUCGGGCCCACAGCUCAGGGAAGGUUCAGGGUCGCCUGAGCUUUGUCAAUCAGGACAGUGAGUUGAAUCAGUGAGUCUGACUUUGUGGGUCUGGCUCACCCACAGUUCUGCUGCUCUGCUCCAGUUCUAUUAAACAACACGAGAUAAGAGAUGAUAAAGCGCCAUGUUGGGUCUGUUUAUUUAGAAACUAAUUUCACACCGUGUUAAGUCUGAAGCAGGGGCAGUAAACUCACUGAGCUGUGUCAGAGGGGCUGUAAAGUCACUGCAUCCAAAACCCACGACGCACCGAGAGCAGAUCACACUGUGAAAAAUCAUCUUUGCUCCACAAAAACAAACACAGUUAAUAAAGAAUAAGGUCAGAGUUUUGGCAGUAGUCGUGUUGUACAGACAUCAGCCGUUUCCUCCGUGUUGUUGUUUGGCUCUGUCUCCAGAUGUUGGAUAAAAACAUCUGAAGAACAAAGAUGACGUUUGAAUCAUGCUGGAACUACAACUCAAAUAUAAAACAACAGUGUUAGUGUGGAUGCUCAUUGAAACAGCUGUGUGAACGCUGUCCCCGGGUAUCUGUGGGGACAGUCACUGUGAACAACUGUUUGCGUGUCUUUGUAGGAGCUGUGCAUCUCUUUAUAGUCUCUCUGUGUCUCUUUGCUGUUUUAUGUCCUGUUGUCGUCUUUUAACUGACUAGUUUCAAUCCGAGGCUCUGGCCUGGGGGCCGCUCUGCAGGCCUUCCAGGGUGUGAAAUAUUCCUUUAAUGCCACUGCUCCUCCGAGCAGGCCAUCGUCCUCAUUCACACUAAAAUACAAGAUGAGAGCUUUCAGAUUCAUCCUCGGUGUACACGCAUGUGAGACAUACACCAGCUGGCCUCUCCAACAUGCAAGGUGUUCCUAACAUGAUCAGCUUCUAUCUGGCUGCAGAUGUUGCUGCUUCUCUGAUCACAGAGCAGUGGCAUGCAAAGACUAGCUGUGGCCUGCGGGAGGAGAGUCAUGGGUGUAGUACAGGAGUACGCGUCUGUUUGUGCCUGGUAUUACUCUCCCUGUAGGGACUCAGCCUUCCUCGUUCCCCUGCUCUGCCUGUGGCUCUCUGGUCCAAGCUCAUCAGCAGGUCGCUGUGGUUUUUCAAACUCUACAUUUCCGGUUGAUCCUGUGAUUAAAAUCACAGAGUACCUAGAUAAGUAUUACUGGUGAGCCUCCUCUAACAGAACGUUACUGACCAAACAGCACAGGCUGCUGUGUUUCAGCCUUCACUGUCUGUUGUUGUCACUGGGAGCUCUGCUCGGCACAAACCUCUGGAUUCAUCAUUAACAGUUGCCACACAGUGUCCUCAUGUUAAUGCAGCCUUCCUGAAUAAAGAUCUCCAGGCUGAUGGCUCCUGACAGUUUUACAGAUGUUUGUAGUUUACAGGCCACGGCAGUCUGGAGGCACUUUCAUCACCCUUGCUUCACAGAAGCAGAAAUCAAUAUUAUUUCUUCCUCUCUUCUAAUCAGUGCAGCUCUUCAGACACAUGAAUGUUGGCCUGCUGCUACUCAAAGUUCCCACAGUGUUUUGGGAACCAGAGACACGCGAGAUGAUUACCCGCGAGACUCCUGACCCCAAAGGGUUGGACUAACUGAUGGUGUAUCAUUACAUUCGCCUCAGAGGACACGACUGAUGCCCCGACACACCUGUGUCCGAUUUCACCCUUCUGAACCCUGAGGACAAACACGUCUUCACUGGGACUGAAGUGAUUCAUUUCCUCACAGCUGGAAGUUGAAGUUGAGGUGGAAACACUGACCGAGGUCAGAACCACAGAUGGCAGCAGCACAGAGUUUCUUUAUGAGCUCAGGAGAGAUGAAAGAAUGUAAUGAAUGUCAUUCAGAAAGGCUUUGUUGACUGUGAGCACCUGAGGCCACAUCGUGAACAAAUUCCCAGUCAGCCACCAGGGGGCGACUGACUGGCGCUGGCUUCACUUCUGGAGGCCGUCACUUCGUCCAUCUUUAUACACAGGCUGUGGUUCACGCUAAUUGAGAGAGACAAAAACUGAGACUGGUUUAGAGCUGACAUUACAGGAGUACUGUGGUAUCCCAGGAGUCUUUGCUGGAGCUGGUGCACGUCUGUAUCAGCAACACCUGAUGUUAAGACCAUUAGCAGAGGCCAGUUCACCCUGUUCUCUACAGCUGGUUCCAAAAACACCCUGUCAAAGGAGAGUUUUUUUGUCAAGGUACUGCAAGUUAUUCAGGGCAUCCAUGGCUCUAACAUCGCUGUGCAACACCUUUGUCAUAUCCAAACCACCAAUCCUUAGUGUUUUGUUGGUAAAACAGCUGAGGAUGUACAUCUACAGCUGGAGCCACGUGCACUGCAGCGGCUACAGAAAAGGCCACAUCUGCAGACAGAGUCUGCAAACUGUCAACGUCUGUGGACGAUAAGGAAGUAUCACAACAUAACUCAAAAACAGAGCUGGUUGUGGAGCUCAGUGUGCAGCGAGCGCCACCGGUCAAACGGCUGACCCAGCCGGCCGGAGCUUGGCCAGGGCCCGGUAAAAGCCUGGGUUUCAGGGUGUCGGGGAGAGCAGAGGUAAAACACACAGUUUGAGGUUGGAGGCAGUUCAGGAAAAGCUGGCACUAAAAUAAAGUGCCUCCUCUCGGUGCGAAGGGUUAAAGGCAGCUGAUCCACAGAGAGAGGAUCCAGACGAAGCCUCAGGCUGCCACUUUCAUCUGCUGCCGGUCCUAAUUAAUCGCACCUCCAGCGCCAGAGCUCGCUUUCCUCCAGGCUUUUAAAUUAAUUACCGUUGCUGGGAAACAUUUGUUACACCUGCUGGACAGACACGCUUGUCAGUCUGCAGAACCCGAAACGCUGGUUUUUACCUUUUGUUUAAAAUUCAUUACCUUCUUCCAUUUAUAACACCACACGUUCAGAAACGAUCACUUCCACGGUUCAAACAAAUCAGCGUUUGUGUAGUGAAGCACCUUGAUCACCAGAGAGGGACGGUUCGUCUGCACCCGGCGGCCGCAGGGCAGCUCAGAUGAGCACUCUGCUUUCUGAGGACACUCGCUGGGAUAAAGGAGAUGAAACAGCAGAUCAGAGCAGGAAGAGAAGCGUGCUGCUCCAACACAUCACUGAGCCUGUACAGCAGCCUGCGCAUCAGUCCUCAUGGGUUUAAACCUAUAAAACCACUUGUAUCAUAUUUGAUACGC